AUGUCCCACCCGCCCAGCCCCGUCCACCGGCCCCAGUCCACCACCAGCCACGGCGAUGAAACGCCCCUCCCACAAGGCCAGUGCCGCUACCUCCUUCUCCACCCCGAGGUCCGCGGCCAGCGCUGUGCCUGCGUCGGCUUCUCCCUGAACAAAUGCACACCCGGCAGCUCAUGUAACUGCGGCCACCUCGCCGUCUACCACCUCACCGCCCCAACUGAGGAGAACCUGGCGGAUAAGGAGGAGGUCGAGACGAUGCGGGCGCGCAUCGUGCUGUUAGAGAAACUCCUAGAGAGAGAGCGGGAAGCUAAAAACCACCUGACCGUCCGCGUGAGCGCCUUGGAAGAACACAACGAGAAGGGCCGCUUCGACGCCGACUCGGAAAUCAGAAAUGUCUACCGCGGGAUCGAGGGGUUAUGGCAGCACUUCAGCGCUCUGGAUAGACGAACCCGCUACCACGAAGACUACAUAGACGCACUCAUGGACACCAGCCACGCAACCCAGGACGACAUCCGCACCGUCCAAAGCCGCAUCAUCGAUCUGGACGACGCAUCCAUGACCCUCGAGGACCGUGUAGACGGCCUAACCUCCCAGCCCCGCCGCAUCGAGAACGCCAUCUCGCGGCGCCCCUCCAUGACCCCUUCGCGGCAACCACAUUCUCGCCGCUCGCGCUCCUCUCAACGCUCGCGCUCCUCUCAACGCUCGCGCUCCUCUCAACGCUCGCGCUCCUCUCAACGCUCGCGCUCCUCUCAACGCUCGCGCUCCUCUCAACGCUCGCGCUCCUCUCAACGCUCGUCCCACUCCGGGCGCUCUAGUCGCGCGAAGGCGUGGACGGUGCAUAUCUCCCUCAUGCCUACGGCUUCGCAACCUUUCCCGUUCGAGAAAAACACCAUGGCCUACAAACGCGUCCUCUCACGUGGUCUCCACCGCGUCGUCGCCGUCCCCGGCCACGACAGCGCUUCGUUCGUCACAGCUACUUCUAAUGAAUUCGGAAGCCUCCUCAAAGGCCGCCCAUGGAUGCCAUUAGUCGCCAAGAUCUGCGACGCCGAGCACGUCACGGGACUCCCCAUGCUUCGCCAGCUCCCCCCCAACUUGAUCGAUAGUAGUCUCUAUGACAUGGAUUUCCUGACCGCGCACUGCGCGACGUUAGAUCAUAACGGACAAAUCCUCGACCUCUAUAUCGGGAUGUGCAAUGACUACCUCUCCUGGUCCGAACUCGCCUCCUCCCCCGUCUUCCUCCCCGGCCUCGAGGCCUGCUGGGCAUUCGAACCCUUCCUUGACGGCGCCUCGGCGCGCGAUAAUGAGGAGGCCAUUGAUAGCGUUGUCGAUAUUGAGCUCAAAGCCGAGGAUCGGCAUUCAGCGGGGGACUUGUUGAGGGCUUGGUCGCCGCCGACGAGGUUGAAGAGGACUGCGACGGGGAUUACGAGGACGUCGAGUUUUGGGUCGACGGAUAGUGCGGUUAGUGUUAGUAAGAAGAGUAAGCUUCGGCAUGCAGCGUGUGUGAUGCCGGGGGUGGAGAGUAGGGAUUGGCGCGCUGAGGCGCUGAGGGGUGCGUGACGAUUAGAUGGUUUGAUGGAUGGGCUUGGAAUAGAUGGUGGGGAGUUAGAUUGCGUUGUGGGUGGUAUCUUUGAUGAGAUGCCUGGUUUGGAUUAGAUGGCGAUAGGGAUGGGUAGAUGGGGGCGUUUUGGGGUUUGAUGGGGGUAUGAUUGAUGAUGGAUAGUUAGCGGAAUAAAUGCUACGCCCUUGUCUGCGUUGAGAUAUAUUACUGCUGUAUCAUCCCGUGACAUCUCUGCCUUCAAUAACAUCCCCUUUCUUGGGAGUCGAUACCAAAAUACCAAUCCGAUCCCCCCACGAUGGCGAGCUGGGCCCUACCCGCCAGAUCCACCAUUUGCGUUUCGUGUCAUCCACACAACCUGCUCGCGUGUGGGGUCAUCCCUCCAACGAAUUGUAACGCGUCUGCACCAGGUAGCUAAUCUGCGAGAAGACCUCCAGCAGGCAAAUUAGCGCUGGGAGUGGUUUUAUCGCUGAGCACGUCAGGACAUGGGUUGGGAAGGUGAUGGGCAGGUAUUGGAUUGGAUGUAUGGGGGGCAGGAAUUGGGGGGGGGGGAAGGAUGGUGACGAGGAAAGUGUUCCGAAGAUGAUAAGGAAUGUGGAGUGGAUAUAGUUGGUAUUACUGUGUAUAGGAAAGAAUACAAAGCGAUUAAAGAAUACUUUGCCUUGGAAUACCUAACUUGUGAGAUACGAUUGUUGGGCUCCAAUCAUUCAGGUGAGCGAGCGGAUACGGUACCUUGGAAUAAGGAAUAACAUUACCU